AUGAACCCACGGGUUUGCAAAAGGACAAGUUCACGCGAGAACGAAGCAGCAGCGCAGGAGUUUGUAAAAUGCGUUACCACUGAGAAUAACGUCACACUUUUUAUCAAAAGCUACUGUCCGUAUUGUGAUUUAACUAAAAGUGUGCUGGACGAAGCUGGUGUGAUGAUGUAUCACGUCGUUGAGCUAGAUAUGAAAAAUGACGUACCUACUGGUGCAAAUAUUCAGAGCGUAUUAGCUACAAAUACCGGCGUGUGUGAAUGA